AUGUCUUUAACAACCCUCCCCCCCGAAUUACUCUCAUACAUCGCCACUCACUUCCUCCCAUCUCUCCAAGACGUGUCAUCUCUAGCCAAAGCAUCUAAACACCUGUACACAAUCACUAACCCAAUCCUAUAUCAUCACCAAAUCUAUCACGAAGAUAGCUCGGCCUUACUGUGGGCCGCCACCCACGGCAAACCAGACCCUUGUACCCGCCUCCUGCAAGAAGGCGCAAACCCCAACACCCAAGAUCCCCAGAACAGAAGAACCCCGCUAUCAUGGGCUGCCGGGAACGGGUUCACAGAUGUCGUCUCGGUUCUUCUGUGCGCGGGCGCCCCGAAGAUAGACACUAAUGCGCCUGACGCACGGGGCCAAACGCCGCUCUUCUGGGCCGCAGGGAGAGGCCUGCAUUUGGCGCCCAAGAUGUGGAAUCCGCAUUCGGCCAUGCCCACGAAUGCCGAUGUCGUGCAGGAAAAGGCAAAGGCGGGAGGAGAAUACCUCGCCAUCGUAAAGCUGUUCCUGUCGAACAAAACCAUCCAGCCUGAUUGCCGGACCCAGCGCGGCGAAACACCCCUUGCGGUUGCCGCGGCGUCGGGAGCAGACGAUGUAGUAGAGGCGUUACUGCUCACGGGGAAGGUCGAUGCAAACUCGAAGGAUAACUUCGGGCAGACGCCGCUCCACGCAGCAGCGCGAAACGGGCAUAUGGGCAUCGUCAAGCGCCUCCUGGGAAUCGAGGGCGUGGACACGGACGCCAGGUCCACGAGCGGAGAAAGUCCGCUCUUAGGUGCCGCGGGGAAUGGACAUACGGGGAUUGUGGAAUUGCUGCUUGCCAUCCCUACCGUGGACCCGGACCAGCAGCCUAGUUUUGGAGACCGGGCUCUGUUAACGGCUGUUGCUGCGGGACACACGGAUGUGGUGGAGGUGCUGCUUGCUAACGAGAGGGUUGAUCCGAGCGCGCCGAAUAAACAGGGCGUCACGGCCCUUGUGAGGGCUGCGCAGCGAGGACGGACGCAUAUUAUGCGGUUGCUGCUUGCCAAGGGGGUCGAUCCGGAAGAGAAGGACAGGGAGGGAAGUACGCCGCUGAUGAUCGCUGCUGAGAGGGGGGAUGCCGAGGCAGUUGAGCUUUUGCUUUUGACGGGUCGGGUGCAGGCUGAUUUCGACUUGACAAAGAGGAAUAGGAAUAGUUCGGCCUUUAGGGCACCGUCGAAGUUGAAUGAGGAUGUUGUUAGGAUGUUGGAUGGGUAUAAGAGUCGGCAUCGAGGUGAUUCUUAA